AUGCUCAGGCUACUGCUGAUCUACCUGGCGUAUUACGCCUUGAAUGUCUUCUCUGCACCUCCUUCAUCUGCAGAUCAUCGAACGGACCAUCAGAGCCAGUCCCAAGUCCUUAAACUUGGUGAUGACAAACCUUGUACUUGGGAUGAUACCUUCGGUGAAGUAGAUUGCGGGUCAUUCACCAUCACGUUUGGCGACGGUAGUUUCCUGGGCUGGAAACUCUACACCACCCUUCGCCUCCCAAACUUCUCGGUUCACUUCGAUCUCAACUGCACACAUAUGGGUGACGUUUGGACAACUGCUCCAAAUGCCCCUGGGCUCCCCUACGUAAUCUCGAUUCACGGCGGUAACGGGUGCAUCUCAACGGACUUCUGGUGGACCGAUUGGGACAACCUCUGGAUCAAGUAUGCAAAUCAGUGGGUCGAUGUGGCCAGCGAUUCAAGAUGCACAAGUGUGUAUUGGAAUAGAAAGGGGAGAAGAUGCGUUAUUGAGACCAGACCCGCUGAUCCACAACCCAAAUCUGGUGUGGAAGUUGGCGGGGCAACGGUCAGGGGCUAG